UGCCGAUCGAGCCCGAGUCGACGCACGAGCUCUCCUCGCCUCGAGUUGUGCUCCAGGCCGCGAGGUAGGAGCCCCUCGGCCACGAGGCGCAUUUCAAGAAGUCGACGCCGACCCGGAACAUGGGCGCCUACGACGAAAGCCAUGACGGCGCCUAUACGUUCACGAAGAAGCAACUCUAUAUCGGCGGCAUCGCGAUCGUGCUCAGCUCCGUAUUCGUUUUGGGAUUCUCGAACGGCGAUCUGGCCUGCAAGAACCCGCUCGACUUCGACAUCGGCGCCUACCGGGAAGCGGCCCUCGCGAACACGCCGCCGAACAUCAUCGAGUGCGCGGGCGCCGAGGCCGGCGGGUCCCAGGAGCUCUGCCACCUCCCGCGGAAGAAACGCUACGGCGCCAUCGGGCAAAAGGGCAUCACGCUCUGGAUGACGGGCCUCAGCGGGUCGGGCAAGUCGACGAUCGCGGGCGCGCUCGAGGCGCGGCUCGUCCUCGAGCACGGCAAGGUCGUCCAGAUGCUCGACGGGGACAACGUGCGCACGGGCCUCAACCGCGACCUCGGCUUCUCGCCCGCGGACCGCGCGGAGAGCGUCCGCCGCGUCGGCGAGCUCGCGUGCCUCUUCAACGCCGGCGGCGUCAUCACGCUCGUGACGCUCGUGUCGCCCUACCGCGCGGACCGCGACGCGGCCAAGGCGCGCCACGGCGACAUGGGCCUCAAGUUCCUCGAGGUCUACAUGAACGUCAACAUCGACGUCGUCCAGGCGCGCGACCCCAAGGGCCUCUACGCCAAGGUCAAGGCCGGCGAGAUCACGUCCUUCACGGGCAUGUCCGACGACGCGCCCUACGAGAAGCCCCUGCACCCGGACGUCGACCUCCCGAACAACGAGAUGACCAUCGACGAGUCCGUCGACAUGCUCAUGGGUAUCCUCAUCGACGAGGGCGUCCUCGUCGGGAACUAGCAUAACUCCAGCUCGGGG